AUGAUGAACGGUAUUAAAAUCAUCGCAGCGAAAACUUCUGGCACUAUGAUGGCCGCGUGCACUAUUAUGUUUCAGGCUGGAUCUAGAUAUGAAACUCAUGACGAUCUAGGCGCAUCUCACUUUCUCCGCGCAGCAUCCACAGGAUCUGGCCAAUGUUUUACAGCUUACUCCAAGUUACGUGUACUGCAGCAGAGUGGCGCCUACCUGACUUGCACAUCUGAUCGACAAUCAAUUGCGUACACUUUACGGUGUCCUUUAUUACAAUUUGGAGAAUUGAAACAUUAUCUUCUAGACACAGCUGUUAGAUGCUGUUAUCAUGAUUGGGAAGUGUCAUCUGAUAUUAAGUCACAAGUGAAAGGAGACAUCGUAAGGAUUUCUCCAGAACAACGUGUAAUUGACUUAAUUCAGAAAGCUUGCUGGGCUGGCCCACUCGCUAAUUCCGCUUUCUGUGAAGAUGAGAGGAUAGAUGAUAUGACAGGGGAGAAUUUAAGAAAAUAUGUUAAAACAAAUUUCCUGUCUAACCGCUGUACUGUAGCCAGUGUGGGUGUACCAUUUGAAGAAACCCUAGAAUUGGCUGAAUGCAUCGAUCCUAGUCGGGAGAAACCUCAGUGUGAGGAACAACCGCAAUCACGACCUAGAGGUGGAUUUGAAUAUUACGACCUGGGCGCAGGCAGUGACACUUGGAUUGCAGUAGCGGUACCAGGUUGUGGAACUGAUGACCUCAACAAUCUCUACAAGCAUGCAAUAUUAGCAUCUGCCUGUGGAACGGAGAACAUACAGGAAGGUGAACACGAGUACAACAGGAUCUGUCAACCGCCCCUCGGACUAAUGUCUGGAAUCGAUAUUUACACAAGUUUCCGAGCUUUUAAUAUUUCUUAUGCUGAACAUGGUGUGUUUGGUAUAAUAGCUAAAACAAGAUCGAGUACGGCGUGUAGGACUGCACUUGCAAUGUCUGAAUUCUUGGCCAAUAUUAGUGAUCUAGAUUUCAAGCAAAUUGCUAUUGGAAAGAAGCGACUUCAGUUGAGUCUAGCUCAGCAUGAAGAGGAUUGCGUAAAAGAGUCCGAAGGGUUCGCUCUGCAGGCCUUUAACAAUGUUCAAAUAGACAGUAUGUACAAUUUAAUUGAGCUAAUUGAUAAGAUUGCUCCAGACGAGAUAAAGAUUACUGCCAAGUCUCUGUCAGAUCACUCUACAGAUAUGGCAAUUGCAAUCGUGGGCGAUGUUGGUGUUGUUCCAACUGAUCAAGAAAUUUUAAAACGUGGA